AUGUGCUCUUCCGGGCUCGUGUGGUGGUCGGCAUGGCCCGUGAGUGUGCGGACAGGCUGGGGAAGCGGCAGGGAAGCCGGCGGGUCACCCAGGCAGGGCCGGCAGGCGCGGAGCCAGGGGCCGGCGGGGACAGCAGAGAGGGACGGUGGGCAUCAACGAGAACUUGCCCGCCAGAAAAACAUGAAGAAAUCCCAGGAAAUUAGCAAGGGAAAAAGAAAAGAGGAUAGCUUGACUGCCUCUCGGAGCAAACAGAGAGACUCUGAGAUCAUGCAACGAAAGCAGAAAGCAGCUAACGAGAAGAAGUCUACGCAGACAAGAGAAAAAUGA